AUGGAGGCCUUACACCAUGGUUCUCGACCGGUGACGCCGGCGAUCGUGCUGCUCGCCGCGCUGCUGGUCGCUUGCGCCUGGCAAACCGCGCGCGCUGCAGAGCCGCGCCCGCUGGCCUCAAGGCCCCGGAGGCUGCUGCAGCCGCCCGGGGGCCCUGGCUUUGGCGGCCCACCUGGGGGCCCGCCCCCAGGCCGGGGCGGCGGUGGCAUGGGGCCCCCAGGUGGGAUGGGGGGCCCGCCAAACAGCAUGGCCGCACCCGGCGGCAUGGGACCGCCACCACAGCAGCAGCAGCAGCAGCAGCAGCAGCAGCAGCAGCAGCAGCAGCAGCAGCAGCAGCAGCAGCAGCAGCAGCAGCAGCAGCAGCAGCAGCAGCCUCCUCCACAGCAGCCGCUGCAGCAGCCUCCACAGCAGCCCCCUGUGCAGCAGCAACCGCCGCCUCAGCAGCAACAGCCUCCCCCUGAGCAGCAGCAGCAGCAGCAGCAGCAGCAGCAGCAGCAGCAGCAGCAGCAGCAGCAGCAGCAGCAGCAGCAGCAGCAGCAGCAGCAGCAGCAGCAGCAGCAGCAGCAGCAGCAGCAGCAGCAGGUGCCACAACCGUCUACCCCUGUGCAGCAGCAACCUCCGCCACAGCAGCAACAGCCACCUCCUGUGCAGCAGCCACCACCCCAACAGCUGCCUCAGCAGCAGCAGCAGCAGCAGCAGCAGCAGCAGCCCCUGCAAGUGCCGCCGCCGCAGGCGCAACAGCAACAGCAACCCGCCCAGCAGCCCUUGACACCUCCUGUGGAUGCAGCCGCAUCCUCUUCGCCGCGUGCCCCGCCCCCAUCAGUUUCGCCCCCACCCCAGUUGCCCCCGCAAGCUGUCAGCCCCCAGCUGCCUCCACCACAGCUCGCUGCCCCAGCCACCGCCAGCGGCGGCGGCACGUUCGGAGCGGUCGCCACACCCAGUGUUGCACCAGGCUCUGGCCAGCAGCAGGGUGGCGGCCCGCCGGGAGCGCAGUGGGCAUUCAACCAGAGCGGCUUCCCAGGCGGCCAGUGGCCCAGCCAGCCAGGCGGGGGCCAGCAGUGGGGCCUCAACCAGAGCGACAGCCAGUGGCCAGGCCAGCAGGGCGCCCGACCCGGGCAGAGGGGCUUCAACCAGAGCCGUGGCGCCUCCCCUGGAGGCCAGCCGCGUGGCCCACAGCCCAGCCAGCCCCAGCGAUCACCGCCCGCCUUCAACCGCACGGCAGGCUUGCCGGGCGGCCAGCAGGGCAUCACCCUGCAGCCCCCGGCAUUCAACCAGACCGGCGUCCUUCCGCGGCCCCCACAGGGGCCGCCAACUGCAACCAACCGCACGUCCGCCAGUGGCUUCCCUGGCGCCCAGCAGGGCGGAGGGUUGUGGCCGCUAGGGCCGCCGCGGGGCUUCAAUCCAACAGGCGGCCCCCAAAGGCCCCAGGGCACCGGCAGCUUGAACCAGACCCCAGGCAGGCGCAACCCAGGGGCGAGCGGCCAGGCGGGCCAGUACACCCAACAGCAGCUGCAGCAGGCGCUGCAGCAGGCACUCGUGGGGUAA